UCUUCCGCUUCCCGCACAGCAGGCAGAGGGGGGGAUGCUGCAGGAGGAGUUUUCAAGGCGGGCUCUUCGUGUGGACACCCCAGGUGUUGGGACAACGUCCACGGGCGGCUGAGUUCUUAUCGCCACCGUAUUGCAACACAUUAGCAUUACCUGGAGCCAUUUUGGGCGCAGUUAUCGACAGCCAGGCGGUGCAGCUCGAUCGGCUCUCUCUCUCUCUCUCUUUCUCUCUGUCCGCUCUCCGGGGUCCAGAAGAAGCCAGACGGAAGUCAGCGGGCAAGUUCACAAUGAAGCCGCGCGUCUUUCUCCUAAUGCUCGCGGUUUUCUCCCGCGGACUCGCUCAGGUUGAAGAAAACGAAGCAGAUGAGCUGCAGGUUGAGACAUUGGUGAAGCCAGAAACUUGCUCCGUACUCUCCACGGUGGGAGACACGCUGCAAAUCCACUACACAGGUAAACUGAUGGAUGGGAAGGUGAUCGACUCCUCAUUGUCCCGAGACCCUCUGGUUGUCGAGCUGGGGAAGAGGACAGUUAUUCCCGGUCUGGAACAAAGCUUGACUGGUGUUUGUGAAGGGCAAAAAAUAAAAGCUACCAUUCCUUCUCACCUUGCAUAUGGGAAAAAAGGAUACCCUCCCACGAUUCCAGGUGAUGCUGCUCUUGAAUUCGAGGUGGAGGUGAUUUCUCUGUCGCAGCAGACGCAGUGGCAGAAGAUCAUCAACGACGUGUUCCCCCUGGUGUGUUUGGCCCUGGUGCCCACCCUGCUCGGCCUGGUGGGGCUUUACCUCUACAAAAAGGCCAACGCCCAGAAGCCCAGCAAAAAGAAGUCCAAAGACAAGAAGAGCAAGAAGAAAUAAGGACUAGGCGGAGAAUUUAAUUUAAAUAAACUUUUUCAUUGAC